UCCUUCGACCGUUUACAAAGAAUGAUGGCUACCUCAGUUGACGUUGUCCGGCCAGACUGACACGAUGCUAUCCUCAGCCCUCUUCACCGGCUUCCUGCUCGCCUCAUCGGCGUCUGCCCGUCCAGCCAAACGCGGCACGGGGGAGAUCAAGUGUCCCGUGAUACUCAACGGAUUCGUGCCGGCAGACUCGACGCCGACGGACUUCGACUCGUACGCGACGAGCCCCUUUAACCCCGACUACAUCCGCGGCACCGAAAAGUUUUCCCAAAUCCUACAGUUCCCCGAAGUCGAGGGCUCGCGCUUCGACAACGCGAGCACGAGGGCGGUCGAGGUCACCAUCAACGACAAGUCCAUCUUCCAGCAGCAGAAAGGCUUCCGCCGCGCCGGCCUCCAGAUCCAGGGGGACACGAACGAGAAUGGCCCCGGCACUACCGGUGUGAGGACCCUUCACUUUAGCGUGAAGCAGGAUCCUGGGCGGACUUUGAACUUGACGCACGAGUACCUGAACGUCUGGCACGAGAGCGCGGAUUAUAGCGCCAAUCAGUUCAACUUCCAGACCGGUACUAUCAUCGGCAAAUCCGGCAGUGACAAGAACAACUUCAAGGUUCUCAACCGCCAGAACACCCAAGUGUGGUCGACGCCCGUCGAUGCCACCGCCUGGCAAAACUUUGCCAUUACUCUAGACUUCGAAAAAAACACCCUCCAGGUAUACUACUCGAAGAACGACGAGCCCCUGAAGGCCGUCACGGAGGCGGUGUAUAACGACAACAGCGGCGGCGGACAGUACCAGAUCGGCAUCCUGAAGAAGCCCACGGGCACCUCGGACGUCGUCAACUCGGGCUACCAGGAGACGGGCAUCAAGGAGGGCCAGAUCUACGGCGGCAUCUUCCUGGAAGACAGCGCGGAUGGCUGCGUUUCGUUGUAAAUUCGUAUACUCUUAAAACUUCUGAAAGCAGCUUGGCUAUGUUGAUGGAAGAAAGCCUUUUGUAUGUUCCACGUAGAACUUGUAGAAGAUAAAUAUACCUACCUAACCUAAGUACCUAGGUAGGGUUACUCGACAAGCGCAGUUCUCAGUUUGAUUAAGAAGCGUCAGCGUCAUCCAACGCAGCUUUAAAAACAAAAACACAAAGACUGACACAACCACACACCCCAGUAAUCAUAUAGCCAUUAGGUUAGGUACCUUAGGUAUUUAUUUAAAUGUGUUUCCAAUUUCUCAA